AUGUCUAUUUUAGAAGUUUGGGAACAGUACAGAAAGCAACGUGAUGGUGAUUAUUUCACUGAAAACGUUUCGUUCGUCUUUGUAGCAACUGCUACCGGUGCAAGAGGUUACGAUGCUGUUAGACAGUUCCUUGCUACUGCAUACGACUCUCGUAUGCUUAGAGUGAUAGACAGAGUCCUUAUACGAACUGUCGGAGAAAACUCCAUUGUUGAAGAAUCGGAAACUACAAUCAAUUUUAUUAACGGCGAUGGUGUUUGGCUUGUGCCAGGUAUUGAUGGUCGAUACACGAUUGACAGUCAAGUUGUUAUUCCAACAGUUACUUCUGCGGUAUUCGAGGGUGAUAGAAUCUCUUCUAUACGUGUAUAUUGGGAUCAAGCAUCUGUCUUGAAACAACUUAAAUUGAUUUCCGAUAAGAACUCUUCUUGGCCAAUCGUUAGCGAUAGACAAAUUGAUGUGGUACGCGACAUUGCAGGUGCACAUCUCAAUCCAUUUGGUAGAGCUGAUCGUAUGGCAGCCGGUGUCGGUCGAACAAAUCUUAACAACCAACAAGAGGCGGUAUCAUCUCGUCGACAAUUUCAUACUCAUCAAUCUGGUGGUGGUUCAGGUGGCUCUUCCGUAUUUGGUGAUAAUGAUUCCUACGACGAUAAUUCUCAACGCGCCAGAUUUAAUUCCAAUAAAAAUGCAUCGCAUUUCUCUAUCGGAGAUGCUGAGAAUAACAAUAACAAUAACAAUGUACAAAAUGACGCUCCAAUAGCUGGAUCAGUCAAUAUAGAUCAACAACAGUAUGGUCGUCGACCUGUUCAUACUUCUAGUCGCGUAAAUCAACCUGGCGGUACGGGUGGAAAAUCUUCCGUAUUUGGUGAUAGUGAUAGUUAUGAUGAAAAUGCCCAAAAUAGGAGGUUCAAUUCCAACAAAAAUGCAUCUCAUUUCUCUAUCGGAGAUGGAAGUAACGCACAACCACAUGACUCUUCUAUAUCUGGAUCUUCCAAGAGACGAGGAAAAUCUCAAUUCGAGUCAUCUGUUGGAUUUGGUGAUGAUAAUCAACAACGUCCUUCUGUCAAGCCUUCAAGUCGUGUCUUGAAGCCUCCUGGUGGCGGUGGUUCUCAAAUUACCUUUGGAUAA